CAGCAACGGGCAGCAGCUGCACCGCAAGGAGUAAGAGAGAGAGGAUUUUGAUUUGAUGUAAUUUGAUUUUAUAAAAGUAGAAAAACAGAGUACGUACGCAUGUUGGGUCUGUGUCUUUUGACUCAUCUCCUUUUGGCAACGCUGAGGGUGCGCAGGUUAAGCUGCCGAGAGGCAUGAAAGCCCUUAUCCGUCACUCCAUCCCCCAAACCCUUCCUUCUCCUUCUUCGGAAUUUGCUUCUUCUGUUUUGGGCCGUCCGUUUGGUUUCUUGGUUUGAUGGGAAUCGAUCUCAACACGAUCGACGAUGCGGUCGAGAAUCCCUGCGCUUUCUCUGACUCGUCGUCCACGCCGUCCGUUUGCUUGGAGCUCUGGCACGCCUGCGCUGGCCCGCUUAUCUCGCUCCCCAGGAAGGGGAGCUUCGUCGUCUACCUGCCGCAGGGGCAUUUGGAGCAAACGGAUGGCUACCAUCCGUCGCUCGUGUACGAGCUCCCCCCGCAUGUCUUCUGCCGUGUCACGGACGUAAAACUCCAUGCGGAGGCUGCGACAGAUGAGGUUUACGCACAGGUUUCUCUGCUUCCUGAAAGUGAGCAGAUUGAGAAGAAAUUGCUGGAAGGAGAAGUUGAAGGAGAUGGAGAAGAAGAGGAAAUCGAUGGUUCCAUUAAGGCUGCCACACCCCAUAUGUUCUGCAAGACCCUCACGGCCUCGGAUACAAGCACGCAUGGAGGUUUCUCGGUUCCAAGGCGAGCUGCCGAGGACUGUUUCCCCUCCCUGGAUUAUAAACAGCAAAGGCCUUCUCAAGAGCUUGUCGCGAGGGAUUUACAUGGCAUAGAGUGGAGGUUUCGGCAUAUCUACAGGGGCCAGCCACGGAGACAUUUGCUCACAACUGGAUGGAGUGCAUUCGUCAACAAGAAAAAGCUUGUUUCAGGGGAUGCCGUGCUCUUCCUUAGGGGUGAAAGUGGAGAUCUGAGAUUGGGAAUCCGACGAGCUGCUCCACUUAAAAACGGUAUUCCGUAUUCGGCACUAUGCAGCCAGAGGAUGAACCUUGGCACACUUUCUGCAGUGGCCAAUGCAAUAUCGACGAAGAGUGCAUUUCACAUUUACUACAACCCAAGGGCGAGUCCGUCAGAGUUCAUAAUACCCUAUCGGAAGUUUUCUAAGAGUUUUGAUCAUUCAUUCUCUAUUGGAAUGAGGUUCAAAAUGCGAGUUGAAACUGAAGACGCAGCAGAGCGAAGGUACACUGGGCUUAUAACAGGGAUUAGUGAUUCGGAUCCUGUCAGAUGGCCUAAUUCCAAGUGGAGAUGCCUAUCGGUAAGGUGGGAUGAUGACGUAGAGCACAACUGGAAGAAUAGAGUUUCUCCAUGGGAGAUCGAGCCAUCUGCUUCUGUCUCAGGUUCCGGCACUUCAUCGGCGCCCGGAUCAAAGAGAACCAAGCUCAGUCUGCCUUCAGUUGAUGCAGAUUUUCCAGUUCCUAAUGGAAGUGGAUUUCCAGACUUUGGGGAAUCUUUAGGGUUCCAGAAGGUCUUGCAAGGUCAAGAAAUUUUGGGUUUUAGGACUCCUUAUGAUGGCAUUGAUGUAUCAAGUCAUCAUCAGUCCAAUGUAAGGGGAUGCAUUCUCGAUCCUAACAACUCUCGGGUGACUGGGAUUGGAAAUGGUGUCAGAAUCCUUCAAGCGAAUCCUGAUGCUUCCUAUAAAGGCAUAGGCUUUGGAGAAUCUAUUCGAUUCCAUAAGGUCUUGCAAGGUCAAGAAAUAUUUCCAUCGAAAUCACCAUACGGAGGAGUACAAGCUGAUACCCGGGCUCAGGAAAAUGGUGGGUUCGGAAUCUUUGAUGGGGUCCACAUGUCUAGUGCUGGAAGCAGAUGGCCCAACCUGAUGCAGGGAUACAACACCCAUGUGCCGCCAUCGAUUCCCUCUGCUCAAGUAUCUUCACCAUCUUCUGUGCUAAUGUUCCAACAAGCAAGCACUCAAGUUCACUGCCCUUACGUUGCGCAUGACAUGAAUACCCAGACAAGGGGAGAGGACGGUAGCUGCCUCGGUCUGUUAGAUGGUUCUGAUGUAUCAAAGGCAAGGCCGUCGUCCUCACCUCAUGGGCCCCAUUAUAUUGGGGAAAAUUUGAAUUCUCUCUCAAAAGAGCAUAGCCAUCUGGGGCCCGUGCAUGCACCUAUGGCUGUCAGUAAAGUGGAUUCCCAUGGCAAACAAGGUGCGCCUCCUACCAGUAAACCCAGCUGCAGGCUCUUUGGUUUUUCCUUAACCAAGGAUAUUCCGUCAGCAAAUCAAGUAGAUUCCACUGCGGUAGCUUCUCCAUCUUCGACUGAAGACUUGAAUUUGGAGACCUCAUUUUGGCACUCCAAUCAAAGUACAGGUUGGGAGGCCGGCGACAGACAGCCGCAUCCGAUCUCUCAAGGGCUGGCAAAAACGGUGGGUCGUAGCUGUACUAAAGUUCACAAGCAAGGAAGUGUUGUAGGCAGGGCAAUUGAUCUCUCGAAGCUUGAUGGAUAUGAUGACCUGAUCAGCGAGUUGGAGCGGCUUUUCAAUAUGGAAGGGCUUUUGAAUGAUCCAGACAAAGGGUGGCAAGUUGUUUACACGGACGAUGAGGAUGAUAUGAUGCUCGUCGGGGACGAUCCUUGGCAGGAAUUCUGCAACAUUGUUUCAAAGAUUCUAAUAUACACCCAUGAUGAAGUGGUAAUGAUGGGACCUGGCUUGUCUGGAGACGACGCCCAUAGUUGCUCCGAAGAAGCACAUGCCACCAUUGAUGUAUCCUAGUUUCCGUUGGAAUGCUGCAGCUCUUCUCCAACGGUAGUUCCGAAAGUGUAAACUCUCCCUUGGUCUUUUUGGUUAUUCUCAAGCAACUGUUUCCUUGUUAAGAGCUUUUGUAUUUAGAAUCCUGGAGCAUACCCAUUGAUUCCAGAACCUCAUUUGCCAACCCACUUCAUCCAGGACUCUUGAAUUCUGCAGUUGAAUUAAUAUAAUCAGGUAUUUCUUAGGAGUUUGUUAUA